UAAAAGGAGUCGUUCGGGCUGCACGUAGCGUCACUCAUCCCCCGGCAGCCGAAUACCCAACAACCAGCAGCACCAUGCUCCGCUACAUCGCUCUGCUCGUGCUGGUGGCCGGCGCCAGCGCCCACCUCAUGCCCAAGUGCCCGAAGGUGAUCGGCAUGUACCCCUUCGACAUGGACCAGUUCCAAGGUGACUGGUACCUGGCCGCCGCCACCGAAAAGACGCUGGAGAAGAGGGGCAAGUGCGGCAAGUUCGUCUUCCCCACCUACGCCAAGGACGACAAGAUCGAGGACACCGUGCUGACCGCCCGCUACAGCGGUGUCAAGGAUGGUGCUCCCAUGGCCAGCGAAGUCAUCAUACAGCCCAUGUUCAGCGACAAGGUUGCCAACCUGUACAGUGUGUACCGCAAGGAGGGAACCAGCGAGUUCAGCAACGUCAUGAAGGUGGCCAUCGCCAGCUCCGACUACAAGAGUUUCGCCGUCUUCGUGGGCUGCAAGCUGUCGUUCAACUCUGAGGCCAAGAAGUUCGAAGCGGCCGUGUUUGGCGAGAUCUGGACCCGCGAGGGCGUCACCCUCAGCCAGGACACCUACAACGCACUCACCACCCAACUGGCUUCCUACGGCAUCGACGCGGCAUCCAUCAAGCAGGUUGAGAAGUGCUAAAAACUGACCGCUGUACUAUCCAAAGACAAACGACCCCGGACCAAUUGCUAGCAAAUCAGAAAUUUAACACAAUAAAUCUAAGUUAUUUCCACCAUCAAAA